CAUUUUCUAUUGGGCCCAAACCCUACCCCAAAAACCCAUUUCUUGGUUUCUUGAACCCUUUUGCUCUCGAAGCUCCAGUCAGCGAGAAAGUGAAGGAAAAUGGCGGAGUUGAAUACAGGCGGCGAGAUUUCUCCGAACAUGACCAUUUACAUUAACAAUCUCAACGAGAAAAUCAAACUAGAAGAGUUGAAGAAAUCGCUUUUCGCCGUGUUCUCUCAGUUCGGAAAAAUAAUGGAAGUUUUAGCAUUCAAGACAUUGAAACACAAGGGCCAAGCUUGGGUCGUUUUCGAGGAAGUCUCGUCCGCCACCAAUGCGCUCAGGCAAAUGCAGGGCUUCCCUUUUUAUGAUAAGCCCAUGAGAAUACAAUAUGCAAAGACAAAAUCAGAUGUCAUAGCAAAGGCAGAUGGUACCUUUGUCCCACGAGAAAGGCGAAGGAGGCAUGAUGACAGAGCUGGGAGAAAGCGAAGAGAACAACAUGAUGCUAACCAAGCUGGAGUGGGUGUCAAUCCUGCUUAUGGUGGUGCCUAUGGCGCAGCCCCUCCUCUGUCUCAGAUACCAUAUCUGGGUGGUGCAAAAUCUGCAGUUCCUGAAGCUCCUGCUCCUCCAAAUAACAUACUCUUCAUUCAGAAUCUUCCCCAUGAGGCAACACCGAUGAUGCUGCAAAUGUUUUUCUGCCAAUACCCAGGUUUUAAGGAAGUUAGAAUGGUGGAAGCAAAGCCAGGGAUUGCCUUUGUGGAGUAUGGGGAUGAGAUGCAGUCGACAGUUGCUAUGCAAGGGCUUCAAGGUUUGAAGAUAAACCAACAGAAUCCAAUGUUGAUUACCUAUGCAAAGAAAUAGAUGAGCCAUCUUUUUCUUUUGAUGCUCCUUUUCAAAGAAAUGCUGCAGUGGUUUGCUCAGUAGCUGCUCUAUCACUUCAUCCUCAGUUUCAGUGGAACUUUAGGAAGUGCUUGUAAUUUAACAACUAGACUGUUUUACCAUAUUAAAGAGGAAGGUUUAAUUAGCUUGACUGGUUUGAUACCGUCUGGUUUUAACCGGUGUAAGAAGUUGAAUUUCUUAAGUGUUGUAAUCCUGUGUGCCUUCUCCAAACUUAGACAGGUUCCUAGGCGUAAUCUGAUUUUGGAAACUGGAUGUUCAUUUCUGGUGAUAUACUAAAGGUCUGUUCAUUUA